UCUGGAAGACAUGAAUUUGAUGGAAGACACAGCUUUGUUGGAAGACAAGGAUUUUCUGGAAGCCAUGGAUGUGAUGGAAGAUAUGGAUUUUCUGGAAGACCUGGAGAUCAUUGGAAGGCAUGGAUUUCCUGGAAGACAUGGUUUUUCUGGAAGACGUGGAUUUUCAGGAAGACCCGAAUUGUCCGGAAGACCUGGAUUGUCUGGAAGAUGUAGAUUUGCUGGAAGACCUGGAGAUUACUGGAAGGCAUGGAUCUCUAGGAAGACAUAUAUUUGUGGAAGACCAGGAUUAAAUGGAAGACAUGAAUUUUCUGGAAGACGUGGAUUGACCAGAAGACUGGAUUUGGUGGAAGACAUGGAUUGGCUGGAAGACCUGGAUUUUUCUGGAAGAUGUGGAUUGAUAGAAGACCUGGAUUUGGUGGAAGAUGUGGAUUUUUCUGGAAGACGUGACUUCGUUGGAAGACAUGGGUAGGCUGGAAGACAUGAAAUUGAUGGAAGACAAGGAUUUGCUGGAAGACAUGGAUUCUGUGGAAGAUGUAGAUAGUCUGGAAGACCUGGGGGUCAUUGGAAGACAUGGAUUUCCUGGAAGACAUGGAUUUUCAGGAAGACAUGGAUUUUCAGGAAGACCCGAAUUGUCCAGAAGACCUGGAUUGUCUGGAAGACGUAGAUUUGCUGGAAGACCUGGAGGUUACUGGAAGAUGUGGAUCUUUAGGAAGACAUAUUUGUGGAACACUGGGAUUCAGUGGAAGACAUGAAUUUUCUGGAAGACAUGGCUUUGUUGGAAGACCUGGAUUUAGUGGAAGACAUGGAUUGGCUGGAAGACCUGGAUUUUUCCGGAAGAUAUGGGUUGAAUGGAAGAUCUGGCUUUGGCGGAAGACGCAGAUUUUUCUGGAAGAUGUGGACUGAGUGGAAGACCUGGAUGUCUUUCUGGAAGACGUGGAUUGACUGGAAGACCUAGAUUUUUCUGGAAGGCGUGGAUUAGCUGGAAGACCUUGAAAUUGGUAGAAGACGUGGAUUGUCUGGAAGACCUUGAAACCAUUGGAAGAUGUGGAUUUUCCUGGAAGAUAUGGAUUCUGUGGAAGACCUAUAAUUGCUGGAAGACUGGAUUGUCUGGAAGACGUAGAUUGUCUGGAAGACGUAGAUUGUCUGGAAGACUGGGAUUAGCUGGAAGACGUUGAUGUUGUUGGAAGACUUGGAAUUAGUUGGAAGACUUGGAGUUGCUGGAAGACCUGGAGUUGUUGGAAGAUCUUGAUACUGGCGCCAUUGGAAACCCUGGACAUUGGAGACAUUGGAAGCACAGGAUGUUGGAGACAUUGGAAGCCUUGGAUUUUGAGGAUAAUGGUUAUUCUGGACACUGGAGUCUUUGGAGGCCCUGAAUGUUGGAGUUUGUGGAUAUUGGAAGCCAUGGAUCCUGGAAGCCCUGAACACUAGAGACACUGCAAGUCCUGGACCUUGGAAUCCUUAAACAUUAGAAGAUAUGGACAAUAAAAGACCUAGACAUUUAGAAAUCCGAAAAUCAGAAGCCCUGGAUAUUGGGAGACAUUGGAAAACCUGGAUAAUGACAUACUCAUGUUAAAAGACAUAGAAUUUGAAAGAUGUUAACUUUCAAAGAUGUUGGCAGCCCUGGACAAUUGGAGACCUAGACUUUAAGAGACCAAGAUGUUCAGAGAUCUAGUCAUUCAGACAUUGGGGAUGUUGGAACACCUGAAUGUUGGAAGACCAGGUUCAUGGAGAUAUUGAAAGACUUGGGCAUUGGAGGAACUGGUAAUAACAAGACAUUAUGAAAUCAGGAUUCAGAAGACACUAAAAGUUGUAGGAACUGAAUGAUGUUAAGUGCUAGGAGAUAUUGGAAGAGCUGGACUUGGACGAAACGAAAUACAGGAACUCUAGAAGACUUGUAUAUAGGAGACAUUAGAGGACUGGGAA